UUUCAUUAAAAGUCAGUCAAGUCAGGUGUCAUCAGAUCAGCUUGUUGUCUAAAUACUAUGGCUUCCGUACGUUUUCCCAAUUCCCAGGAAAUAUGUCGAAAUUGCAACCAUCCUAUUGCAGGACGCUUACCUCAAAUGUUGGUAUGCAAUUCUUGUCUUUUUUACGUGCAUCGAACCUGUUUGCCAGGGAAAGGUAUCAGUAGUACUGAAUAUGUGCGUUUGAAAAAGCAAAAGGAAGCUUUCCAUUUCAAAUUUAAUCCUUGUAGCAAUGUAGAAGAAUUUGUACAUUUGGGUAUUGGAAAUGGACGUGAUAUUAAUCAACCUGUAGCUUCAUCAUCAUCUGUGGCCGAUGAUGUUGAUCAACUUCCAGCUUCAACAAGUCGUGGCCGUGGCCGACCAAGAGCCGUUCUGGCCGAUGUUAGUGAUCAACUUCCAGCUUCAACAAGUCGUGGUCGUGGCCGUCCAAGAGCCGUUCUGGCCAAUGAUGUUGAUCAACCUCCAGUUUCAUUAAGUCGUGGCCGUGGCCGUCCAAGAGCCGUUCUGGCCGAUGAUGUUGAUCAACCUCCAGCUUCAUUAAGUCGUGGCCGUGGCUGUCCAAGAGCCGUUCUGGCCGAUGAUGUUGAUCAACCUCCAGCUUCAUUAAGUCUUGGCCGUGGCCGUCCAAGAGCCGUUCUGGCCGAUGAUGUUGAUCAACCUCCACUUCAUUAA